UGUUAUCAUAUCUAGCAGGAGACAAGGAAAGGAGACAGAAGGGGAGACAGUCUGCAUGUGUGGCGACGGCAGUGACGGCUGUCAAGCGCUUCUGAUAAGAAACGCUAGGCUCUUAUAAGUUAACUAAUAAAGUGAAUGGAAAAAUAAGAAAAGGAAAAAAAAAAAAAGAAAGAAAAAAUGAACGUAUAAAGCACCUUAUUAUUACGUCCACUGUUGAAAAAUAAAUAGAUAGAUAGAUAAAGAUAAAAUAGACAAAAUAAAUGCAAACAUACAGAUUCUGGAAGGAGGAAAGUGAACGCAAAGAAAAGACCGAAAGAUAGAGAAAAUUAAUUAAUAAAAAAAAGAGAGAGAGACAGGGAAGUGUGAUAAAACGGAGAUAAGCAACGGAACAACAGCACUAGUGACAACGUGAGAAAAAAAGGAGACAAAAAAACGGAAAACAAGAAAGAAAGAAAAAGUGAGAAGGAAGAAGAAACAGUUGUGAGGGAAGGUGAGAGGAGAAAGGUGCGCAUUUCCCCCUCUCUCUCUCCCUCUCUCUCUCUCUCUCUACCACUCACUCCCUCAGCGUCACAGCAUCACAGCCAAAAUGCCGUUACGUGACCACGACAGCUACGUCACACACCACCCCAAGUCAAGCAGGUCCUCGUCGUCGUCGGGCAGGAUGGCGCCGCAGUUCACGUGGUUGGAGGUGCUGUGGCUGGGCGUGGUGAUGGUGUCCUACUUGAUGGGAUACGCCGUGCAGAUCAGCAUCAUAGCCGAGCGGUACAGCCUGGAGGAGCCGCCCACCAACCGAGGCCUCUACAUCGUCUUCUUCCUCCUGCCGCACCUCCUCGCCGGACUCAAGAACCUGCAGUACCACCACCGAGAGUCCAUGGAGGAGGAGGGCGAGGACGGCGCAAUAGGCUGGCUGAUUCACGUGUUCUUCCUGCCCUUCAGUCCCCUCAUCAGAUUGGUCCGGGGUGUGCGGUUUGGGAUGCGGGAGAAGGAGAACUGGGAGGAUGGCAUCAGGUUCUUGGACGAGAUGGUGACCCUGGGCGUGCUGCGGCUUUUCGAGGUGUUUUUGGGAGACGGGCCCACGCUGUGUCUGCUGGCGCGCGAUGACGUGUGGGGCAGAUCCGGCGACUGGCAGGUGCAAAUCAACGGUCCUCAGCUGGGGCCUGGAUGCGGACCUAUGUGUCAGGUGGACGAGACUGGCCCUAUAGACUUCUGGACCGUGUUUCGCAUGCUGUUCCUCCUCUCUAAGAUGGCCCAGUGCAUUACCUUCUACCUGAUAAUGGUGAAACGUCUGCAGCGCCUCCAGCACCCACACCAGUACACCCACCUACGGGAAGGCAACGCGAAGCAAGGGCGUACCAACAUCUUCGCUACACUGAUUCUCUACGCGGCCCAUUUCUUCUUCAUAGGGUCGCGCAUCAUGGGGUACAGCAUGGUGAGUGCCACGUGGGGUCCUUGGGUGUACCUCAUCAUCGGGGGGCACUGGCUGCUCAACACUGGCUGGCACCUCAUCACCGUGGUCAACUCCAAGGGGCUCACGGCGGCAAGGUCCAUGUCAUCGCUGGUAAUGGGCGGCGUGUGGCUGAUCGCCCUCACCAACGAGCAAGGGGGUCGUCAGCUGGGCCGCUUCAUCCUCUACUACUCUCUGGCCUUCGCGGAGAGCGCCAUUUGUGGCUUCAUGUGGAACGCGGCCAUGUCGGGCAGCGGGGACUUCUUCGCGGUCAAGGCGCCGUGGGCACUCCUGACAGUCUUCAUGAUCGGAAUCCUCGCGCACAUGAUCUACUACGCCAUCUGUCACCCCGGCUCCCCUUCCAUCUCCUCCCGCGGCUUCCUCUGCUGCUCUGGUAACCGCUGGGACCCUAUAGACGAGGAAGACGGCAUGUAGGACCACGCCGGCGCCUCGCGAGGUCGGCGGUGUGGAACAGGACCGGUGAUGUGUAGUGACGGAGAGACAGUCCCGCUAGCGAGCACUGAUGCGAGCAGUAGAACGCGGUUCCUUCCAGCACAAGUCCACGCCAUCUCCAAGAACCAAGGGGCUUAUGGGAGAUGCUUGGGUGUCGAGGACUGACGGUGGUGGUACUGAAGGCUGAAGGCGAAGGGGAAGCCUGAAGGGAGGUGUCACUAAAUGAUACGUGCCGAAUCUUCAGGGAGCUUUCAAAUUUUAGACGAGUUUACGGAUGGGGAUGAUAGGUGGAAAUAUGUAUGGUAAGCAUGUUUUAUACACGGACUAUUACGUGUAGGCCUGAUGGCUUCUUGCAGCCUCCCUUGUUUUCUUACGCUUUUAUGUAAGAUUAUGAUGUUUAUACUAGGUCGCAGAGACAAGGCAUCUAUAUUAAGGUUUGUGGACUGGAGAGAACCGACUCGUUCCUCCUCUCCUGUGCCUUGUCUCGCGGCAAGAACAAGUAUACUGAGAGACUCUCCAUUUCCUUCGCUCCAUUCUGUCGCUCAAGUCAACUCUCACGCCACGCAGGGGACACGGAAACACGAACUCCGCUCCAUGAAAAGUGUGGUUAAUGGUAUAUUCUUGUUGCAUUUCCGGUUACACUUUAGCGACACAAUUUCUCUCUCUCUCUCUCUCUCUCUCUCUCUCUCUCUCUCGCUUUUUACAUCAACUGCACUUCAUUCUUUUACACUCCCUUGUCUAUUCCCCUUCAUUCUAUUCUGUUCUUCACUUUCUUUCUAUCUCCUAUCUCAUCCCUUCUGUCUAUCCCCCUUAUUUUAGACCAUAUUCUGAGAAACACUGUGUCUCAUCUCCUUCGACAUUCGAAAGACUAGCUGAAAUUAAAUGGGUUUUUCAAGGAUUUUUUUUUUUUUUUUUACGGUUUUAGUGACAAUUAACAUUCUACAUCAUUAACACAAGCAACACUCUUGAGCACCUGGCUAAUAAUCUCUGUGGCCUUUGUCGUGGUGAGAGUAAAGCGUUUACGGCCGUCUGCAGUAUUCAUCCGUUGCAAGAGGCUUAAUUCUGCCCCCGAAUCUUUGCUGCCCCCUGCUGGUUCUCGACACCCUAGCUGGUACCGCCACGUGUGUACAGAAGAGUGGAACACAGGAAGAUUUAAGUUUCGCAUCCAUAUCAUAAACAGUACUGCGUGUGUGUGUGUGUGUGUGUGUGUAUGUGUCAGCAAUAAAUGUUACAAAAUGCAUUCUUGAUAGAUUACAAUGUAGGAAAUAUGACAAGAAAAAAAAGUGAAAAAAAAUACUUGGAAAAAUGAUACAGGAAAAAAAUAUAUUCAGCGAGGUUAAGAAAAUGCCUGAUCACAAAGCUAAGAAGAAAUAAUCGAGUAUAAACAAUCACAAUAUUUUCUAGUAUAUUUUUGUAGCAUUAGUGUUCUUGUAGUGAAUAUGCCUGACUUGUACGUACCAUAGGAGUAACUCAAUUGUAGUGUUGAUAAUUGUUUUCAUUAGUAGGAAGACAGAUAUCAUUUUAAUUUUUUUUUUCUGUAGAUGUUAUUAUUGUUGAUAUGCUUGUGGUUUGAAAAUAUUUAAAACUUUUUUUUUCCGGAAA